CACGAUGAUCAUCCCAGUAAGGUGUUUUUCUUGCGGAAAAGUCAUUGGUGACAAGUGGAGUGCAUAUCUGGAGCUCCUCGCGAAAGAUGUGAGCGAAGGUGACGCGCUGGACGAACUACAACUAAAAAGAUACUGCUGUCGGCGAAUGGUCCUCACUCAUGUUGAUUUGAUCGAAAAACUCCUCCACUAUAACCCUAUGGAGCGUACGAAAGAUAAAACUGCCAACCAAUAGGUGUUGUCACUCUUCUCACCUAUCACGGAGUCAGAAUGCUCCCGCUCACUCGAGGUCAACCUCAGUAUCAUGAACGGUCGCUGGUCCCUUGGUUGUAGAAGCUUGAAAAGGACACAUGUUGUCAAAUCACGCCCGGGCGAACGUCCUAUAGGAUUUGUCGUUGGAGCUGGGCAGGUUUGGGUUGUUUUCUUCCAUGAUACCUCAAUGGCAUGGGUUUUCUUGGACAA